AUUUUUUAAAAAAAUUUCUCCUUGUCUCCGAGAACAUCAGCGCGCUUAUACUAGACAUGAAGCCGAGUAUUCUUCGAAGCCAGCGUGCUUUCAUGGCAGCAACCCUGAGUCCCAGAUCAUUCCGAAGGUUUGCUUCGUUAUCUGCCUCUGCUUCUAAUACCAAUCGGGAAGGUGGGAUUUCCAUGGUUCAAGGAGCUUCACGAGGAAUUGGCCUUGAAUUUGUUAAGCAACUACUGGAGAAAAGAGAGAAAGGGCAUGUUAUUGCUACUUGUCGUAAACCUAAUGAGGCAACAAAGCUGCUUGAUUUAAAAAAUAAGUUCGCUGAUCGACUUAAUAUUAUGCAGUUGGAUGUCACCAUUGAAAGCACCAUAGAGGCAUCAGCAAAGCUCAUACAAGAGCAAUAUGGUUCCUUAAACCUUCUCAUUAAUUCAUCUGGCAUUCUUUCGGUACCUGAUGUAGUACAACCAGAAACAACAUUGAGCAAGGUACAGAAGCCUUCUUUGCUGCUUGCAUAUGAAGUUAAUGCAGUUGGUCCAAUAUUAGUGAUAAAGCACAUGUGGCCUCUUCUAAAAGUUGGAGGCGGCUCUGGGACAGAAAGGGAUAUUGCAAUUGUUGCCAACUUAAGUGCCAGGGUGGGAUCCAUUGGAGACAAUCGAUUAGGGGGAUGGCACUCAUAUCGAUCUUCCAAGGCUGCACUUAAUCAGUUGACAAAAAGUGUAUCAGUGGAAUUUGCACGAAAGAAGGAUCCAAUUGUUUGCCUUUUGUUGCACCCGGGAACUGUGAACACAGAUCUUUCCCGGCCAUUUCAGGGAAAUGUUCCUGAAGGCAAGCUUUUCUCCAAAGAGUUCUCAGUGCAGAAGCUAUUGAGCAUCAUCAACAAUGCAAAAAGCCAUGACAAUGGCAAAUUCUUUGGCUGGGAUGGUCAAGAAAUUCCAUGGUAAUCCAUCUGUUACUUUUUCUAUAUUCAAACAAUAAGUCAUGUUUCUGGUGAUUUUUCUAAUUUUCAAGUUUUUUGUCUCAUUGUAUUGUAAAAGAAGGGAAGGACUAUGAUAGACUUUGUUCUAGGAGUUGCAUAAUAACUAUAGAUUGGUUGCGUGUCAGUUACAUGUAAUUUAAUGCCGUGUUUGGAUA